CUGGGUUCUUUAUUAUUCACUUACCUCAUAACUUGUGGCUCGUCUAAAGCAUUUGUUUUAUUUUCUUUGUUGUACCUGUCUGUGUUCGGGUAGGACGAAAAAAAUAGUUGGACCUCUGAAUAGUUCAUCCAAAUUCAUUGAAUCAGUUGAAAUACCAGAGGAAUUUGACAGUAUUGUGCAAUAUUAUGAAGCUGGUUUUCUGUGAAUUGUGUUCAGGAAGUCUAAGAUAUUUGUUGAAUAGUUGAGGGAUUUGAUUUCGAGGAGAAUUGUGUUUAAAUUUGGAAGACGGAGGAUUUGGAGCCAUUUAUUGGAGCGAAGCAAUCGACGAUAUGGAGGCUCCGGUCAAUUUGCAAUACCGCGAUAGCCAGCACCAGAACAGCAUGUUGCAGGCUUUGAACACGAUGCGGAAAAACGAUCGGUUUUGCGAUGUUAUUUUGCAUGUGGGUACUGCGGCAAUAUCUGCUCACAGAGCUGUAUUGGCAAGUGCUUCACCCCAUCUCCUAGAACUUUUUGGAGCUGAUCAGGAUGCCCGUCGCGAUGCAGAACCGGUGCCAAGUUACCGGCUUAACGGCGGCAUGACCAAAUGUGCCCUGCAAGCACUAGUGGAUUAUGCUUACACUGCAGUAUUAGAUGUACCUGAUCAUGAGGUUAAAGAAGUGUACCUCGGAGCCUGGCAACUUCGUAUGGAGCGUGUCGUGAGUGAAUGCGCUCGCCAUUUAGUAUCCCGGCUAACUGAUGAAACCUGCAUUGAAACACGAUCUCUACCAGGAAUUGCCAAAAACCGCGAUUUUGUAUCGCGUGUUGAUCGCUAUAUCUCUGAUAGAUUCAUCGCGACGGACGGUAACGGCGGUUGUGGUGUCAGCAACACACCAGCAUUUUUGGCCCUAAAUUGUGUACAGAUUGAAGUUCUUCACCAGACAAGACAAGAAAUGUCACUAGUUGCUCCUGGUUCUUUGUGCAGACUUGUUUUGGACUGGGUUAAGAGGCAGAUGACCGAAGAAACUAUCACCGUAAAUCAAUUGAUGGAGAGAUCUCAUUUACUCUACUUGGCUAUAGAUAAUUCGCUUCAAGAUUGUGCCCAAAUGCCACCGGGCCAAGAUUCUGAAUUGGUCGAAGAUUAUAAAAAAAUGUCUCAAAAAUGUCCAACCAACAAAGGUCGCAGGAAAUGUUUAGGUCAGCCAGUGAGACCCCGCGUUCUGAUUUAUUCACGAGACAUUGGUGACCGCAAUGAUGCCGACACAGAGCCGGACUGGAGUGUGAUUGCCUCAGAUAAAGUGGGAGAACACACUUUUAUGGCUCUCGUUACCUUGGACGGAAUUUUGGCUCGUCUUUCUAUACUCUUGCGUUUGAACGCACCAGCCACGCCUUCUCCUGUGGCAACUACACCAGUCACGUGUAGAUCGCCAGGACUGGAUUCAUCUUGUCCAGAUUUAUAUUGCACUUUGGCAAGCAUGUCAGGAGGGAAAUGCGCUUUUGGAGUCGCUCGAUUACAAGGAGGUUUUGUUGUCUGCGGUGGUUAUGAUCGUGUUGAAUGUCUGAAAACAGUUGAGUACUAUGAUCCAGAAAAUAAUUCUUGGAAAUCGCUUCCUAACAUGCGGGAAGCUCGCGGUCGUGUCCAAAUUGCUGUACUUGAUGAUAAGAUAUAUGCUAUAGGUGGUAGUAAUGGAACCACUGAACUUGAUACGAUGGAAGUGUUAGAAAAGGGUGCUGCAAAAUGGUCUAAAGCUCCUAAUCUUCCUCUUGCCAGGAGUAAUUCAGGUGUUUGCGAAAUGAAUGGAUCUAUUUAUUGUAUUGGUGGAUGGAAUGGACAAGUCGGCAUAAGGCAAUGUGAUGUUUUUGAUCCAGCUAAGAAUAUGUGGAAGUCUCUGCAACCACUUACCACAGGUCGUUAUCAGGCCGGAGUUGCAGCUUAUAAGGGCAAUGUUUACGCUAUCGGUGGUUGUGAUGCAUGGAAUUGUUUGUCAUCAGUAGAAUGUUACGAUAUUGAGGAUAAUGUUUGGUCCCCUGUUACACCAUUGUUAACACCUAGGAGAGGAUGUGGUGUUGCAGUAUUCAAUGGAAAAUUAUAUACUGUUGGUGGAUCUGAUGGUACACAUACACUAUCUUCAACUGAGGUUUUCGAUGAUGAAUCUAAGACUUGGGUUGCUGGUCCAAAUCUAACUGUUCCCAGAGCUAAUGUUGGCGUGAUAGUGGUUGGUGACCGAUUAUACGCAAUCGGAGGCUUUUCAGGAAAAAUAUUUUUGAAUACGAUAGAAUACCUAGACUCGAACACAAACGAGUGGACAACUUUCAUUCCAAAAGACUUAACCAGAUUUGAUUUCUCCGGAAUCACCGACGAUGACGCUUUAAAUCUGGAACUGCAUCACAUGGUGCUUUCAAAUGGUAUACUUAAUAAUGGAUCAAUAAAUGGAGGUACCAAUUUAAAUGAACUUUUGACAAAUGGAAAGUUACCAAAUGGAAAAAUUACUGCAGAUGAGGCUGGAGACUGCAAUGGGACCACAGGACCCAAUAUCAUUAGCGUGUAGCUCAUUUAAUUCUUGCAUUACACAUAUCAGGAAAUAUGUUAAUGCUUGGUUAUCGUGUAAAUUUCUACUUUAUAUAAAUAUUUCUCUUAAUUUUAGUACUUUUUUAUAUGAGAAUAUCCACUUAUGAAAUUAUAUAUACUUGAUAUAAGUGAGAGGCAAUUUGCUAUGUGUAUCGAUAUACUUUUUGAUUACUGACUUUUAUACUAUCAUUGUGAGGAGCUUAAUCAAUUAAAUAUCAUUUGAAUACAAAUGAUUUUCUUGUACAUUUGAAAACAUAUAUAAUUCAGAAUCUUCAUGGAAUCAUUAAUACUUAAGGUAGAGUAUAUUCAAAGUCUAUUACAUGUAAAACUGAGUUUUUUAUUUUCUCAUACGUAAUUUAAUCAUAAUAUGAUAUACGAAGUAUUAAUAUUGUAGUUAAUCAAUCAUUUACUGCAUUUCUAGGUGUAUAGAUUUUUUUUGUAAAUAUUCAUUAAAUCAAUUGGUGUCUUACAAUACUCAUUUCUAAAUAGAAAUUUCUAUAUUUUUUACACUUAUUGAAUGUCCAUAUAAAAGAACUAGAUCUAAUUCCAACAAAAUAAUUUCUAAAUAAAGUGAAACUGUUAGAAUUCAUUGUCUAACAAAAAUGUGAAUCGCUCGAGUACAAAAUUUAUUCCCUGUACCAGAAUUGCGUUUAUGGAGUUGAAUGUCAGUAUGAUGUAAAAAUGCAGUUAUUGCAUGUUGUGUGAAAGCUUCCUGAUCGUAUCGUAUCUUGUUGCUGCUGAAAAAUGACAUUUGUAAUAUAGUUUUAGGAUAAGGAAAAUUGUACCAAUACUAU